AUGAGCUUUCACGGCCGAGUCAACAUGGAUCAAGCGACGAUUGCAGCGCUUGUCGAGAGCUACAAGAUUGGGACGCGUCAAGUCGCGCAGUGGCUCGUGAAGUCUGCCAGAGGGCACAUCAGUAGUCGCAGGCUCGCUGCUGCUGUGGAGCUCGCGGCAGCUCAAUAUGGCAUCGCCCACAGUGUACAGCUAGAAUCAUACGAUCUGGUUCAGCUUGCUGAGGAUAUCGAAGAACAUGUCGCGUCCAGCGGCCGCACCCCUUGGGAUAUCUCGAUCGUUCUGGCAGUCCUACACAGCACCAUUCGCAGUCGCAAGGGAUGCGCGGAGUGGUACAAAGCACGGGGCGCGCGAACCGAAGAACAACUCAGCCUUAACGAGUCGCACCAACGCUUCAUUGAUGCCCUCAUCGCUGUAUCCAACUGCCUCCGCAGAGUUCAACAAGCUGCAAACGGCGCCGCGCCUCAGGUCAAGACCGCGUCAGCACUGGCUAAGCUUACAGGAGCGCCCUUCACUCAGCUUGAUCUCGAAGAGCCUGGUGAAAUUCCGGACAUUCCCACAGUAGAGGUCGUUGAGCACGCAGCUCGAAUCGUGACUGAUGGAGAUAUUGCCGCGAACAUCAUCGACGAGCCGGACGACUCAGCGUUCGCUAUCGCUGGUAUACUGGCAGAGUGCUACGACAUGCGGCAAUUCCUGCGCGCCGUCUAG